AUGGCAGAAUAAGGCAGAUAUAGCAAAUUAAGUGAAGAAGAAGCUGCAGCUCAAUUCGAAUUAAGGUACAUAUCCAAAUUUACUUAAGAAAAUAAUAGUUAUUGGGUAAUUUGUAAGAACAAUACCAAAAUGCAAAUAGUUAAAAAAAUAAAAAGCAAUCCAAAUCAUAACAACAAUAAUCUAACAAACAAGAAUUUAUUGUCUUUAAUCCUACUAAAAAGUAAUCAUCAUAACCAUCUAAAAACCCUGUCAAAAAAUUAUAAUAACUUAAGCAAGAAUCUCCUUCGCAUUCAAGUCCUCCUCCAGAAUAAGAUAUUGAGUUCUAAGUUUAAUAACCUGUGGAACCAAUACCUCCUGAAUAAUCUCCUCUAAUUGAUUAACCACAAAAGCCUAGUAUUAAAAAGAAGUUGCUUAGAGAUAUAGGUAAUCUGGAUUUGGAAAUCUAAAGAUUAACUAAAGAAACAAAAAACUUUUAAAAUGAAAAAUUGUUAAAUUAAUCUCAAUCAUCCUAACAAUAACCAAAAAUUCUUAAAGAAUCUCUUGCUAAACAGAAUCCUAGACCUAGUUCCUCAUAGCAAGAAUAAUCAAAAGUUUACUAUGAAUUGAGACAAAGACCAUCAAGUAAAGAAUCUAGAAUUUCUGAUGCCUCAUACACUAAAAAAGCUGAAUGUUUCAAAGGAGUCAUUAGAAGUUCAAGUCUAAAGAAAUUACCUCAACCUUAAAAAACAAAUUACAAUUUUUUAUAGUUAAGAAGUGCAUCUGAAAAGAAAAUCAAUUAAUCUAUCAAUAAAACAAACACUGUUGAAUCUGAAAAUCAAAAAGAUAACUCUCAAAAAAUUGUUCAUAGUGAAAGAAAAAUACCAAAACCUAUAAUCUAAAUUAAUAGAAGUUAAUCUAAAUAAGAUACACCAACAUAUGAAAAAAAGAAUACUCCUGUUAAAUCUAUUUUGAAAGUUUAAUUUAAUUCAAUCCCUGUCGAAUGUAGUUCAACUAAAAAUAAUAGCAGCUCCUAUGUAAAAUCUUUCUUUAAAUUAGUUUCAUUAGCAUAAAGAAUCUUACAAUAGUUAGAUAAGUUUUUCUAAAAAUAAAUGUGUUGAAGCAUAAAUUGAAGAAGCAGUAUAAUUAUACAACAAUCUUAAAUCUUUAAUGCAAAAUAAAACAAAUGUUUUAUAAGUUAGAAAAGAUGGAAAUCUUAUACCCAGAAAAACUGCUGAUUUUUUUGUAUUAAUUAUUAUUUACUUAGUAUCAUAAAGAAAUUUAGAAACCCACUUUAUACUGA